AUGAUUAUGAAAAAAAUAAUUUUAUUAGUUAUUAUAGUUUUAUUUAUUCCGAUUAUAAAUUGUUUUCCAUCGAAUUCAUUUUAUUUAAUUAAUAUUGAUAAGAAUUUAUUAUCGAAUGAAAGUUAUUGUUCAAAUAUAUUAAUUAAUCAACAUAUAUAUCGUAUACCUAAACAAUGUCAUCAUCAUUUACUUUGUAAUUCAUAUUAUUGUGAUGAUAAAUCAUUUCGUUGUAUGAAAAUACGUGAAACAUUAUGUUGUUUAUAUAAAUAUUUUCAAUUAAAUUGUCAACAAGAUAAUUUUAUUCAAAUAAAAGAUCUUUUUCGUUCAAUAUAUUUUUAUAUGUCAAUUGAACAUGGAUAUUGUGAAAUAAAUUUAGAAAGAAUUGAAAAAAAUGAUCAAGCCUAUUGUAUUUCAAAUAUAGAAGAAACAUUAACAACACAAACAAUAAAAACAAUUCUUUCAUCUACAAUUCGUUCAUCUUUUAAAUAUUUUCAUCGACGUCCAUCAUCAUUAUAUCCUCAUCGACAAGCAACACGACAAAAUUAUUCAUCAUUAACAAAUUUAGAUUAUUUACGACAAGUUACUAUAAUUGAAAGUAUUUCAUCAAAAUGUUCAAAAAUUUUUAUAGAUUCUUUUCUUAUUAUCAUUUUCUUAUUGUCAAUAUUAAUUUAA